AUGAGAGAUAGCUCACCAAAACACCUGGGGGCACAAGGACAUACAGAGUUGGUGGAGUCCGUUCCAGAUGAAGUCACAUCCAACGUGAGCAGCAAGCUCACCCUGGAGGUGAGCCGCGUGGACGACAACGACAUCAUCACCUGCGCCGUGGACCAUCCCUCUCUGGCCCCCGGAGACAUGAAGACCCAGCUGACUCUGCGGGUGUUGUAUUCCCCAGACGUGCAGAUCCUGCCUGAGAGCAAUCUCCCCAGAGAGGGAGAGAAGUUUUAUCUCCAGUGUUUGGGCAACGGCAACCCUGAGCCUGCCGAAUACAAGUGGGAUAAGAAGGACGAAGUGCUCCCCCCACAGGCCAAAGUGGACGGUGCUUACCUGCGCUUCGAGAGUCUCAACAAAUCAGACAAUGGCGUCUACCUCUGCUACGCUGACAACGGCAUAGGAAACAGCCAGGGGGAGUACACUCUCCUGGUGCAAGUUACCGUCGGGGUGAUCGGAGUUUACAAUUUCACAGAGAACAUUCCAGACCCCACAGCCAUGUCGACGUCUUCGGGGGUGGACCACGCCGUGAUCGGAGGGGUGGUAGCUGUUAUCGUCUUCAUCCUGCUCUGCCUCCUCAUCGUCCUCGGCAGAUACCUCAUCAGACACAAAGUGUUGCUUCCAUCUGUCUCCACACCUUCUCUGCCCAUCCAUCUCCUCUUCGCUGCCCUCCUUUUUCUCAUCUUCCCUAUUGCUCCCCCCUCAUCCACUCCUUCCUCACCCAACCCAGCUUUUCUACCACUCAUUUCCCCAAUCUGGUAG